GACUCCAUCAGAGCUUCAUCUAUCGUCCUCGCAGGCAGGCGGGCUCUUCCUCUCUCCUUACCCGGGAAUCAAACCUCAGAGAUGGACGCGGACAAAGCCGACCCCCCCUCCAACACCACUGUGCUGGAGUUCAAAGAAGACACUGCGCUGACAGAGAUGAUGCGCCUGCGCGUGUCCUCUCUGCAGCGGUCAGGGCAGAAGCGUCAGGAUGGCGAGCGCCUGCUUCUGCCGUACGAGGCCGUGUAUCGGCUGGACUUCGCCAUCCAGGAGCUGAACUUCUCCCGCUGGUACUUCUCCCUGUCCGGUUACGGCCGCGUCACCGUCACCGGAAUUUGCCAGCACUGGACGCCUGACCUCACCAACCUGAUGACCCGUCAGCUGCUGGAGCCCAUCGGAACAUUUUGGCGCAACGCCGGCGACCCAGAGGAUUCGCCCCUCAAGUGCCUGGAGGCGGACAUGCAGGAGUUCGGCGAGAGGAUUGCAGAGCUCGCCAGAGUCAGGAAGGUCAUGUACUUCCUGCUCGCUUUCAAGGAUGGGGCGGAGGCGGCGAAUCUCAGCUGCUCGAUCGAGUUCACGACAGAGAACUGACCUUUUAUUUUGUGCCAGUAGAAUCCCGAUAAAGUCCUGAAGAAGCAUUUUAAUAUUUCUGUCCUACAGCUAUUAUUUUACGGUUGAGUAGAAAAACCCAGCAGCUCCUUUAAACCAAUCAAAGAAAUAGAUGAUUAAAUAUUCUCCUUCUGAUUAAACUCUUCCUCUCUCCACUUCUCUGCGAUGAAGACCUCUGAUAGUUCCUAACAGCCAAAGUUACAUGAACAGGCUUUAAAACACAUGUUUCACUAAACAAAAGCAACACAAUUAGUCUAAAUAAGACCUGCAAUGAACACCGUGACGGGUGGAAGAACACAAAUAUGCUGAAUUAGCUUUUACAUGUCCUGGUGCUAAUUAAAGGGACAGUUCACCCCAAUGGAUGAAGUCCAGUUUCUCUGUAUCACAGCCACACGCUCCAUUCAUGAGUGUAAAAAAAAGAACAUUUAUUUUUGGUAUUUAUGUUUAAAACUUACAAUGAACACUACACCUGACAUUAAUGUUUACCUUUGAAUAAAAUAAACCCAUGAGGACUGUAAAUAAAACUGAUCAGCUGAUUAUUGUGGUAACAUGUGGUUACUUUGUUUCAGAGUGCUGGUUUGCUGCAGUUAUUGUUUCUAGUUUAUUUCAUUGUUACCAGGAGAUCAUCAAAUAUUCCCUGUGUGUUCCUGCUGACAGGCUGAAAUCAAUGCAGUGACAUCGAUUAAAUAACCACUGAAAGCUG